AUGGCUAAGACUGAUGAAGAAACCAAUGCUGAAUUAGUAAAGCUACAACAAGAAAUUACUUUUACAUUACAUACAAUUGACGAACAUUUUGCUCGAUGCGUCCGGAUCGUUUCUCAGGGCAUCAUUCCUGAGGUUGAUCGCUAUGCAGCACACAGCAAGAUUGUUUGGGAUGGUUUACAAACAUGGCUGCACUUCUUCCAACACGUUGAAAAUAACACUCGCCUUCAGCAAACGAAUCGACCACCACUAGAUCCGAAUAUACCACAACAAGAUUCAGCAGAUCGUUCGCCUUGGGAUCGUUUCAGAGACAGAUUUUCGCCAACGUCUCAAGACUUGAGCAGAAUCCUGCGUCGACCAGCGCUCGCAUAUCCACACGGCUCACGCACAACUGCAUCGUCGACGACUUUGGCACGACCACAAGCAAGCGCACUUGCUUCAAGCAAUUUAUCCAACACAACCAGCGAUGCAUCAUCGACAUCGUCGUUCCGCCGUCGUACAUCACCACCUAAAACGAUUCCGUUUCGUUUAUCACCUAACGAAUUGCUGCAAACACCUGCUCGAGAAGCAGCACGGAUGAUGGUCAAUAACAAGCUCAGACGGAUUGGCGCUAUGAGCCCAUCUAGCGGUAGUUCGGAAGACCCUGAAUCAUCCAGUCGAGAACAGCAGCAGCAACAGCACCAGCCACAGCGAAAGGAUGGACAUGGCAAUGAGACACCGGCUAGUUGGGUGGAUCAAAACAAUGAAAGCGAUCGUGGUCAUUUUGAGGAGUUUAUGCGAGUACGACAGGAACGAUACCAGCACAUGGAUUUGGAUAUUGAAUUGCCGGUUUUUGGAAAUCGGCCUGCUCCAAAGUCCCCUGGCCGACAGCGACAUCAAGACACACAGGAACAAGACUUUGCGUUCGCGAUAUCUGAUAUUGGAUCACCUUCUAUCAACAUGGAUCAAGAUCUUCGACCAUCAGCCAAACGCAUCCGCGAUGAUAUGGACUGUACAUCGCUACUACCUUCUCCUUCUGUCGCUCCUGAUACUCGUGACCAACAUAAUGCACAAGGAGUCAACGUUAAUGACGAAAACGACAGUCAUGAUGAAGUCAUGAGUGGUCCCUAUGAAUUUACACAAAUCCCGCCAACGGAUCUUGUAGCACAGACAGAUGAACGACAAAGCGAAACAGGCACGCCAGCAGGGAGUGUGGGUGGUAUCUCAGUAUCGUCAUCAGCAAGCCAGCUUCCAAGGGAGUUCAGUCUUCAUUACUUUGCAAGCUCUUAUCGCGAACCUCCAGCAUCAACGCAACUGACGCGGAUAUAUACCCUCUUUGCGGACCGGCCGGGCCGAUCCAUGUCAGCGGAUCAAGUGCUUGAGUUGCUGGAGAAUGAUCAGUCCUUCACAAUAGACCGUAUCAAACUUUUUAUCGACGUGCUUACGACGAAAAAGUUUCUAAGAAAGGAAAGUGCUGGUCGCUGGUUACUGAGGAUUUGA